UUCACGCAGUCAAUGAUAAGCAAACUAAGAUAACUUUUGAUAUCUAAGCAUUUUUUCAUCUUAUCUGAUGACCAAAAAAUGAUACUAAUUGUUGAUCAACCACGUGUUCAUUUUAUAAAUGAAUUUGUGUCUAUUUUCUUAAAAAUUAUGAUUGAUUCAACCGAGUCUUUGAAUAUUCUUGAUCUUGGUGUCGAACAAGAUUUUGACAAUGUGCUUAUUAAAACUAUCGAGUUGUUAAAUCUUUGUUUAUCAUGUGUAGCAAUGAGUGCUGAUUCAAUAUUCAAUAACAAAAUGAAAAAUUUGGAUAGAGUUGACUCAAUUCCCAGAGAUAUUCACAGAACCAGGAUGGAGCUUUAUCUUACAAUGGCAUCAGAGAAUGAUUAUGAAAUCAAAUUUUCCGAAAUUUUCAGAUUGAAUCAUAAACAAUUUGACUGGCUUAUUUCCAAGUGUUCUAAUCUUGAGAGGAGUAAAUGGCCAAUUCGUUAUAAAGUCAUUAUUUAUUUAGAAUGGAUAAGCUCUAAAGCAACGAUUCGACAAUUAGAAAGACUAUUCGAUGUUCCAAAAUCAACUGUUCAGGACUCAUUGGACUUUGUUUUAUCACAAAUUCUUUCCAUUCGUGAUCAAUUGAUUUCUUUACCGAAGGUGAAUGAAUGUUUUGUGAUAGCGAAUGGAUUCUCGAGAAGACACAAAAGAAAAAAUUUCCAUCAUAACAUUGUCGGUGCGGUUGAUGGAACAUUGAUUGAGAUCAUGGUACCGACUGAAAGAGUGGAAAAUUAUUUCGAUCGUCAUUCUCGAACUUCAAUGAAUCUAACUAUUGUAUCUGAUCAUCGAAACCUUAUUCGAUAUGCAAUCACAGGAAUUUCUGGUGCUCGCCAUGAUGCUAAUGUUUUAAAAGAUUCUAUGCUCUACCAGAAAAGUUUAUAUCCACCUCCAGGAUUUAUUAUUCUUGGUGAUUCAGCUUAUCCAAAUUCUUUCUCCCCAAUUCCAAUCAUUUCUCCUUAUCGUAAUGAAACUGAAUCCAUGAUUGCUGUUCACAAAGAAAAAUAUAAUGAGGCCCACUCAUCCGCGAGAAAUGUUGUUGAGUGUACUUUCGGUGACUUGAAAUCAAAGUGGCGACGACUAAGAGAUAGUAAGUUGAUUGUAAAAUUGGAAAAAGCAGCUGAUGUUAUAAUUAGUUCUGUAAUUCUGAAUAAUCUCACCUUGAUUGAUUUGGAUCAGAUAAACUCAGUCUCGACACAAGAAAAUUCUGAACUAACUGAUGAUGAGUAUGAGAACGAUUUACCUGAACCAAAAACCUUUCAAUUCAAUAAUGCAAAUGAUUACAGAGAUUUGAUUUGUAAUAAACUUAUAUAAUUUAUCAAAAAGAAAAAGUUGUUUAGAAUUAAUUAU